GGGGCUCGCGUCAGAAACCCUAAUUGAUACAAUACGUGGCCGGUUGAAACGUGAUGCUAUAAAUUGGUCUCGUCCUCUUGACUCGUACUCUCCUCCUUCCUCCCGUUUUCCUUCCGCUUCCAACGAAAUCCCACUGUUGAACACAGAAGAAGAAGAAGAAGAAGAAGAAGCCCACCGCAAGCUGUAGAAGAACAAAAUCUUUAGCCAUGUCGGACGAGGAGCAUCACUUUGAAUCCAAGGCCGACGCCGGAGCCUCCAAGACCUACCCACAACAGGCCGGAACUAUCCGGAAGAACGGCUACAUCGUCAUCAAGAACCGUCCAUGCAAGGUGGUUGAGGUUUCAACUUCUAAGACAGGAAAGCAUGGGCAUGCUAAGUGUCACUUUGUUGGAAUCGACAUCUUCACUGGCAAGAAGCUUGAAGAUAUUGUUCCUUCAUCCCACAAUUGUGACGUGCCCCAUGUUAAUCGUACUGAUUAUCAGCUGAUUGAUAUCUCUGAGGAUGGAUUUGUGAGUCUUUUAACUGACAGUGGUGAUACCAAGGAUGAUUUGAGACUUCCAACUGAUGAUAACCUGCUCAAACAGAUUAAGGAGGGAUUUGCUGAAGGAAAGGACCUUGUCGUGUCGGUGAUGUCUUCCAUGGGAGAGGAACAAAUUUGUGCACUGAAGGAUAUCGGCCCAAAGUAGGUCUUGUCGUCGUACUCAAAGUUAAAAGUUGUGGUCAUCGACUGCUUUUUAUCGCCGAAUUCCUCUAUUGAAUCUUUUAAAUGAUGGUAUAAUUAAUUAGCAGACUUUGUAUCUGUUAACGCCUCACUCUUCUCCUUCCCUCCAUUCCCUUUUCUCAUCUCAUCUCACCUUCUGGCCCAGGAUGUAUGGUUGGUUCGUGCAUCAUAACUGUGCUUUAUGUUGUGUUAUUUUAUGAUAUUGGUGUAAUGUUAUUGGGUUUUUGGAUGCUUACUUUGAUAAAUCGAAGUGAAUAAUUUUUGCGAA